UCUCGCAGUAAUUCGGGCUGUGAAUGAACGCGGACUCGAGAGUCCAGCUGUAUGUCGCUCUCAGUGGGAGGAGAAGAAGCACGACACCAGAGGAGCAGUCAAAGCUCCCGCACACCCUCUACCGGAGAACACAGCUCCCGCCCGCCCGGUAAUCUACACCUCACACUCACUCACGCCCGCCGCGGCUCCGGGAGAGCCGGAGAAACACUUCCACUAGAGCCUGAAACCGACCGACAGCCUCCUCCCAAAAAAGACGCACCUGCUCAGAGUUCGGCCCGCGGCCAGUCCGGGCUUCACGGAACCGACACCUCCAGGAUGGACAAACUUUUCGCGUGCCUCUUCACCGCGAUCGGCGUCCUGGUGUCCGCGCGAGCGCAGGUGUUCAAAGGAGAUUGUGACUUCGAGAAGCCCUUCUCGUCGUGUGGAUACACCCAAGGGCGAGACGAUGACCUGAACUGGGAACAGAUUGACACCAGUGAAAAGUCUUCGCUGGACCCAUGGGUGCCGCCGGGUUCUGCGUUCAUGAUGGUGAACUCGACGGGUCGGUUUGCGGGUCAGAAGGCUUUGCUCUUCACGCCGCAGCUGAAGGAGAACGACACGCACUGCGUCAUAUUCCAGUAUUACGUGGCGGGACGAGCGGGAGGACGGCCUGGACAUCUGAACGUCUACAUCAAGGAGAACAACAGCCCGAUGGGUUUGCCUGUGUGGAACACGUCUGGACCGGCUGGACGCAGCUGGAACCAGGUGGAGCUGGCCAUCAGCACGUACUGGCCCAACUUCUACCAGGUCCGUGAGUGCGUGAACACGCCACACUUUCUCCAUAUCAAAGGCGUGGAGGUGAACGCCAGACAGACCGCUACGUUCCUCUGCACCGUCAACGGAGAAUGGAGAGACAGCUUCAACCUCUGGCUGCAGGGAAUCGGCGGUCGGGAAGCUCCCAUGAAAGCGACCAAACCGUGGAAUAACCAGCGAUUUAUCGGCAUGUUUGAUGUGGUGAACACGACCAAACAGGACUCCGGCCGUUACCGAUGCAUCGUCCACUCGAACAUAGGCGUGGGAGUGUCCAACUACGGAGAGCUGACCAUCAAACAGCCGCCGGUUCCCAUCGCUCCUCCUCAGCUCAUGGCGGUCGGGGCCACAUAUCUCUGGAUCCAGCUCAAUGCGAACUCCAUCAACGGAGACGGGCCCAUCAUCAACCGCGAGGUGGAGUACCGCACCGUCUCCGGCACCAUGUACGACCUGCAGCCCGUCGAUAAAACCUCGCACAAGAUCGGCCAUCUGGACCCCGACACGGAGUACGAGAUCAGCGUGCUGCUGACGCGGCCCCUGGAGGGAGGAACCGGGGCCCCGGGGCCGCCGCUGAGAGCCCGCACCAAAUGCGCAGUGCCGGGGGAAGUUCCUCUGGAUUCGAUCCAAGCCAGUGUGUACGAGGACAAGAUCCUGCUGAAGUGGAGAGAACCGGCGCAGACCUUCGGCAUCAUCACUCAGUAUGAGAUCUCGUAUAAAGCCGUCAGCUCCUUCGACCCAGUGCUGGAUCUCUCUAACCAGAGCGGGAAGGUGGUUAAACUGGGGAAUGAAACCAGCCAUGUGUUUCUGGGUCUCUACCCCGGCUCCACAUACUCCUUCACCAUCAGAGCCAGCACCGACAAGGGCUUCGGACCGCCCGCCAUCACCCAGGCCACCACCAAGAUCUCAG